GUUGAGAACAGAAUUGACCUGCACUGGCAGUGCUGAGCCUGAGGCUGAGGCUGAGCAUGAUGCUUGCAAGAUGGUGGUAAAUUGUGGAGUUUGGUGGCCGCCCCUCCACAGGUUGCUCUCAGGCUCCAUGAAUCACGAUCCAUGGCAAUCCUGACGGCUAUUUCCGUGAGCCGUGUGAUACAUCUCGAGAAAUUGUGGACGGUAGCUGUCGACAAGACGUACCGCAACUCCUAUGACUCGGCGCAGCUGGGUUGCUCCACGCGUCCUGUGUUCAACGGUUGUCUAUGCCAUAUGCAAAUCAGCAAAAGUUCUGAGGCGACAGCCCCUCGGGUUGAUCUCUCUCCAGCUGAUCAGCUACUUUAAGAAGUCAAAGCAGUCCAGCGAGUCGCUCCUAAUGGCGGGGGGACAUUCAGCGGGCGGGGCGACCUAUGGACCUUUGACUGCCUUCAUGUACCUCUUCAACCUGGUGGUUGGGACAGGCGUGUUGGCGUUGCCUUCUGUCUUGAUCAGGGGUGGAUGGAUUCUUGGAACAUCAUUCAUGGUCAUCGUGGCUUUCUUAAGUUAUAUUGGAGUAACGUUCAUCAUUGAGACGAUGGCAGCUACGAAUGCGGUCCUGUACUUCAAGCGGAAGGCGCUGACGGGGCAUGGGGAGGUGGAGGACUCUCCGCUCCUGGAGGAAGAGGGCAAGAACCAGCCAUUCAUGAUUGUCCUCCGCACAGAGAUGGGCCAAAUGGCGGACGUUUUCUUCAACUUGACGGGUCGGACGCUCUUCUACGCAGCCCUUAUUAUUUACUUGUUUGGUGACCUCACCAUCUACUCGACGGUCGUCCCCAAGUCCAUGGUGCUGUUCAUCUAUGGGGAGAACGCACCCGCCUACGCCUUCGACGUCUUCCUCUUCGUUUUUGUCGUCAUCAUCGUGCCCUUCUGUUUCUUCGACCUCCAGAAGACGAAGCUUCUGCAGAUCUCCACCAUUAUUAUACGAAAUGCUGCGUUGUUAAUUAUGAUUAUGUUGUCAUCGAGGCUAGUCAUCCAGAGGGGACCUCAUACCAAGUUCAUUCCGGGCGCCAGCCUCAGAGCUCUGCCGAACCUGUUUGGAGGCGCCGUCUACGCCUUCAUGUGCCACCACAGUUUGCCUAGCAUCAUCACGCCCAUCAAGAACAAGGCCAAGGUGACGAAGCUCGUCACGACCGCCUUCGUCGCGAUCCUGCUCCUCUACGUCUGCCUGUUCGUGUCGACCUGCCUCGCAUACGGCAUCAAUGUGCGCGACCCCAUCACCUUCAACUUCCCCCCCGAGAAGUACGGCGUGGUCGGCGACUUCCUGCUGCUCUUCCCAGUCUUCACGCUGUCGUCAAGUUUCCCAAUCAUUGGUAUCACGCUGCGGAACAACUUGGACAUCUUCGCUAGCCUCAUAUCUUCCCGAUUAACGCCGGCCCCCCAUCUGCACCCACGAAAGCUGAAAAGCGAAGGAGAGGGCGAGGGCGAAGGCGAGGCCGUCCCGGAUCCGCAGGCCAUCGAUCGCAUUCCGGCGCGGCGGGUCGCGCUUACGAUGGCUGCCACUCUGCCGCCCAUUGUCCUUUCUGUCAUUGCCGAGCACUCGCACCUCCAACUGGACUCGCUGGUUGGGGUCACGGGCGCAUACGCAGGGGUUGCCGUCAUGAGCGUCAUUCCGGCGUGCCUCGUCUACUGCUCAAGAGAGCACCUGGCAAGGAUUCACCCCAGUGUCCUCGACCAUCGAACAGUAGGUCAAGCCCACCCGUUGAAUAUACACAGUUCGCCUUUCAAGUCCGUAUGGUGGAUUAUCGGGUUGCUCGUUUGGGCGUUGGUGGCCUGGACGUAUAACACGGCAGACAAAGUACUAACGCUUUAAUGUUGAAUCGCACAAAAUUCUUACUAGUUAGUCGAUCUCUCGAAUAUGCUUUUGAGGAGGAAGUAAAGUUGCUGAAGGUUUAUACUUAUCUAGGCGAACGCACUGAAACUGCCAUCAAUAUUCCCUGAUUCGAAUCCAACGAGUGAGUAACACCCACUUACCGUUUUGGCCGUUGCACUGAAGCG